UAUUUACAUGAUUCGAACAUAUAUUGUACGAACAUCAAAUUACCCCAAAUUACUGGGAAAACGAUUCUCAGCUUGUGGAAGAAACUCCUGACCGCCGCCUACCGGUUGUGUUUGUCUCUCUCUUUCUCUCCCGGCCAUUGUCGCAGGCGGCGCAAGUUCUUGUUUGAAGCGACGCUGAAUAUAAAGGUCCAGACUUUUCGACAAGAAGCCCCAGGCGAAGAUGGUGUCCGAGCUAAUCAAUGCCAAUCCCGUCGUGUAUGAGAAGAAAGAACGCCGGGUUCGGAGCACGCCGUCGUGUGUCGAUGAAUACGCUGUCGAACCCAUCGAUCAGCUAGAGAUUUUCGAUCAUCUUAGAGAUAUAAAGGACCCAGAACACCCAUACUCUUUGGAAGAACUCAAGGUAAUCACUGAAGAUGCAAUUGAGGUAGAUGAUUCGAAUAGUUAUGUCAGGGUCACAUUUACUCCAACAGUUGAACAUUGCAGUAUGGCAACAAUAAUUGGUUUAUGCCUAAGAGUGAAACUUAUGAGGAGCUUGCCAUCUCGAUACAAGGUGGAUAUUAGGAUUGCACCUGGUAGUCAUGCAACUGAAGCUGCAGUAAAUAAGCAACUAAAUGACAAAGAACGGGUUGCUGCUGCGCUGGAGAACCCUAACCUUGUGGACAUGGUCGAUGAAUGUCUGGCUCCUAGUAAUGGCUUAGCUGGAUGAAAGCGAUUUACGCUUGGUGUAUUAAGCAGGUCCACCUGGCUUGGAUGUAUAGGUUAUUUCCCUGUUUGAUCAUGCACUCGCCAUUUUCUUUCAUGGAGCAGCAUCGGGAGGGCAGAUUUAUUAAAAAGGCCAUAAAUUAUGUUAAUUUAUGUUUUCCAUAGCAUGUAAGUUCAGUAGUUCAGAAUAUAUGGAGCUUCGAAUAUGUACUAUUUGGCAGCCAAAUUUUGCUAUAGAUUGUGGUAAUCUGAUUUUAAAGCAUAUUCAUGUGGGGGUGUUGAAAGGUUUAUCCUGCAA